GAAUCUUUAUUCCUCGGGAAAACAAUUGUGUAACGCGAAUUGUGUUUUGUGUAUAACAAUCGUUAACUCACGGUGUAAUGCUUGCCGCUGCUUUUCAGAGGCUUACCGGCAACGUAGUUCGGCCGACACAAUAUUGUGUACGGCUGCUGAGCCAAAGUGGCGGCAGUGAUAAACCAAAGCCCGCGGUCAAAGAUGCUGAUACGAUUUUUGACAAAAUCAUACAGAAAAAGAUCCCUGCCGAUGUAAUCUACGAGGAUGAAAAAUGUUUGGCCUUCAACGACGUUGCCCCACAGGCUCCCGUGCAUUUUCUCGUGAUACCGAAAAGAAAAAUAGCAAAACUAGAAGACUGCAAACAGUCGGACACGGAGAUUCUCGGUCAUUUACUGCACGUGGCCGGUCAGCUGGGAAGGUCUAAAGCACCGCUCGGGUUUCGCUUAGUGAUCAACAACGGCGAUUACGGAUGCCAGACUGUUUUUCACAUUCACUUGCACGUUAUCGGUGGUCGGCAGCUGGGAUGGCCACCGGGGUAAAGCGGAAAACGAUCCAAAUGUGCUCUGAAUCUUUGCCCGAGGGGAAUUUUUAUGAAAUCAAGAAACAAUAAAAAAUCUAAAAUUUUGUUUUGAAGCAGUU